CCACCCCUUCAGGGGGUAAAUUACUACUGUCCUAAUAAAAUAAAUUAAAAAGUUCAGAAACAGUGGGGCCAGCAGAAAAAAAGAAGCAGUAUGUGAGAAAGAAAGGAAGCUGCGAGACUCACUCGAUUCUCAACAAGCAGGAACAAUGACAGGGAUGCGGCAGGGUGCCCAGUUGUAGCUUUAUAUUUAUUUCAGUGUAUGCGGGCACGUGCAUUAGAGAUCUUCAGAGGGAAAUGCUCCAGAGAUUCUGGGCGCUUGAAGUUCACGCUCUGCUUGUUUUGUCUUGGCGCUUGGAGCUUGGGUAAAAAUCGGCGAACUUUGUAUUAAUUCAAAGUCCCUUUAUUUACGUUUUUGAAAUGUUUUAAUUGGUAAAAACUACAAGAAAGAAAAAAAAAACUAAAUUUGGGCUUAAAACUCGUCGACGCCCCCCUUUCGUCUUUCUAAGGUCCCACUUAGGAAUUCUCUUUAAAAGUGAAAAUGAGACAGAGGAUGCCUGGAUUCAUGGUUACAGUUCUCCUUCAGGUAUUUAUGGCCGCUUUGGGGAAUUGUUCGUUGGCUCAGCCCGACCUCCAGCCCAACAGCUACUACUACUACGAUGACAACGUGAUUGAUUUACUGGAAGCAUUGAACAUCACCAGAUCCAUCAAAGGUGUUAGUAAAACUAAAGGUCUGGAUCCUGGAAUUCCUGCCUGGAAAUUUCGUCAAAGAGUACCUCACCUGACACUUCCUCGUGACUAUUCAAUCUACUUCCUAACAACCAUGCAGGACUCUAUUGGCAUUCAUUUUGUGGCACAGCAAGCCAAGAAUUCAGAUGGCACGCUUAUCUCAUUUUUUUCACCAGCAGCACUGAAGAAAGAUGGUCACCCCUUGUUCCAGCUUGUUUCCAGCACGAGAUCCAACCAGUUGCAUCUAGAAUAUAGAACAAUGCAAAGCAUGGAUCCUGCAACAAUUCUUUUCCCUGGUGGCACACCCUUUGCAAAUGGCAAAUGGGCUCGUGUGGCUCUCAACCUGGAAGCUCAUAAAGUCACUCUUUUCAUUGACUGUGAAGAGUCAAUUAUUUUUGAGAAAAAACAUGGUGAAGAUGUUUUGAGUAUGAUCCUUCCCAUUGACUUAGAAAUUACUUUUGCCAGUAUGCCUGGGAACAAAGCUAGCAAGUUUUUGGGAUAUUGGCAAACAGCAGAGAUCUCUCCAACUGGAUUCCUUAGACGGCCAUGGCACUGUGAAAACUUGUCAGAUGCAUUAUCAUAUUCUUUAAUGGAAGUAAGCACUGAUGACACUCCAUUAGAAUCACCAAUAAAGAGUUCAAAACAUUUUUCUGAUGACAAGUCAGAUAUUGAACACUACCAGCAGCAGCAAAGUGAGCCAGAUGUUCUUCCACGAGGACCCAGGCCUCAUCCUGUGAACUGUGAUGAAAGAAUUAGGAGACUUGAGGAGACUGUUGAUAAUAUCAGCAUGAUGUUGAGUAUGGUUAAAUCUCAGAAUACAGACCUUUUAGCUAGGGUGAAGUACCUUGAAACAUGUGAGUGUCGAAGACCCCAGUGCUCAUGGGAAGGUAGAAAUUAUGACGAUGGAAGCAGGUGGGAAAAAGACCAGUGUACAGCCUGUACAUGUGUCAAUGGCCAAGUGCAGUGCUCUGUGAAUGAAAAGUGCACUGGUUGCAUCUAUGAAGGCAAAAGAUAUGAUAAUGGGGAGUCUUUCAACUUUGAUCAGUGUGUAAGAUGCGUGUGCUUGAGUGGAGAUGUAACAUGUGAAACAACACAAUGCAAUGAUGUUCCUUGUGGUAACCCUGUGAAACGGCCAGGAGAAUGUUGUCCAGUUUGUGAAGAUUGUAUUGAUGGAAGGAAGAAUGGAGAAACAUGGGAACCUGAUGCUUGCAGUAAUUGUUCUUGCCUGAAUGGAAAUGUCAAUUGCAUCAAACAAGAAUGCAUUCCAACUAGCUGUCAGCAUCCCAUUAUUCCCCGGAAUAAAUGUUGUCCGGAAUGUUUUGGCUGCUUUUACAAUGGGCACAGACUACGAAAUGGACAGAGUUUCCAAGCUGACCAGUGUACUAGAUGCACCUGUAGGAAUGGCAGUGUACAAUGUGAGACCCUUACUUGUCCAGAAUUACCAUGCUUGAACCACUAUCUACCUCCUGGAGAAUGUUGUCCUAUCUGUCGUCAAGGUUGUGAGUAUGAAGGGGUAGCAUACGUCAAUGGAGCAAUCUUCCUAUCUAUGAGCAACCCAUGUAUGAAUUGUUCAUGUUUGGACAGUUUAGUUAGAUGUUCUCCACUACAGUGCCAUACUGUCACCUGUUUAAAUCCCUUUCGAAAACCUGGCCAGUGCUGUCCGUCUUGCCCAGUUUGUGAAGUAGAUGGACAUAUUUAUGAUCAUGAACAAACUUUUACUACUGCAGAUGGCUGUCAAAAAUGCACAUGUAUGAAUGGCAAGCUGUCUUGCUUAGAAAUCCAGCAGUGUCCACACUUCUGUACCCAUGAUGUUAAACCUCCAUUUGGAUCCUGCUGCAGAGACUGCUCAAACUGUGAUUUCCAAGGUCAACUUAUUCCAAAUGGCAUAUCUUUUAUGGCCAGCGGAGAUAUGUGUAAGCAGUGCACUUGCAAUGAUGGAAAUAUAGUCUGCUCAAGGAUCUCAUGCCCAGUUCUUGAUUGCACUGUUUUUGAAAAUGAACCUCAUGAGUGUUGUCAGCACUGCAAAGGGUGCAUACAUUCUGGCAUUAAAUACAAGCAUAAAUCAGAAUGGCGACAACAAGACAACCCUUGUAACAUCUGCAGAUGUUUGGAAGGUCAAGUCUUGUGUGAAAGGGAGAGAUGUGUUCUACCUUGUCGAAAUCCAGCAAAUCCUAAAACAGGAUCUUGCUGCCCAGUCUGUGAGGGUUGUCUCUUCAAUGGGCAGGAGUACACAAAUGGUGCCACUGUGCAUCAUGGAGAUCGCUGCCAGAAUUGUGUCUGUGUGAAUGGAGAUGUCCAUUGUAACGCUAUUCCAUGCUCUCCUGUACGGUGCACCAGACCUAUUCAGAGACCAGGUGACUGUUGUCCACGGUGUGAAGAAUGUGACUAUGAGUCUCAAACAUUUGUGCAUGGUCAAUCAUUCAUUUCAUCACAUAACCCCUGUCUGAGCUGCAGGUGCUUGAGUGGUGAAGUAACAUGUGAACACUUGGAAUUAAGUUGUCCUCCAGUUACGUGCACUCAUCCUGCUAAGCUGACCGGGCAGUGCUGCGCCACUUGUGAUAUGUGUGAGUAUGAAAGACGAAUUUAUCCCAAUGGCAAGGAAUUUACACCCCCUGGAAGCAGUCCCUGCCUUCACUGUAUCUGUAAAGGUGGUAAUGUGCGGUGUAAAGAGGAAGUCUGCCCAGCUGUCUACUGCUCAAACCCAGUCAAAGAGCCACAUCAGUGCUGUGCAUCAUGUAAAGUCUGUAUCCUAGAUGGAGUAGAGUUUGAGGAAGGGGCAGAGUGGGAACCAGAUGAAGAUGCCUGUAGCAUCUGCACUUGCAGCAAUGGAGAAGUAAUUUGCCAGGUUUCUCAGUGUCCACCCUUGUCCUGUCAGCAUCCUAGCAAAAGCAACAAAGGUGACUGCUGUGCAUCAUGUGACAGUUGCAUGUAUAAUCAGCGCAUAUAUAACAAUGGACAGGACUUUAUUGAUCCAGAUAGUCCCUGCCAGAACUGUCGGUGUCAGGAUGGUACUGUCCAGUGUAUUCCCAAUAACUGUCCAAGACUUCACUGUUCAAAUCCUGAUAUUAAAAGUGGUCAGUGCUGCCCCAGGUGUCCAGAUUGCACAUUUGAAAAUCGUGUGUUUGUGGAUGGAGAGAAAUUUCCUAAUCCAUUAAAUCCCUGUCAGGAGUGUAUCUGUGUAAAUGGCCAUGUGAACUGUGAAAACAGGGACUGCCCUGGUGCAGUUUGUACAUAUCCAAUGCCAGGAACCUGUUGCAGAAACAACUGUAAUGGUUGUAGCUUUGCUGGAAAAGAUUAUGUAAAUGGAGCAGAGUACCCUCAUCCUACUGACAAGUGCAAAGUUUGCCACUGCAUAAAUGGAAAUGUACAGUGCUUUCCCAGAAGAUGCCCCCCACUAUUAUGCUCCAACCCUUUUAUAAUGCCUGGUGAAUGUUGUCCACAGUGUCCAGCUCCACCAGCUGAAUGUUUUUACAGUGGAUUACCUUACAAGCACAUGGAGCGUUUCUAUGAUCCUGUGGAUAAAUGCCGCUCAUGCAUUUGUAAUAAUGGGACAAUCACCUGCCAACGUAAGCCUUGUGCACCUGUCCUGUGUACACAUCCUAUUGUUCAAGACUGCUGCAGAACCUGUGAUGGCUGUCUUUAUGGUGGUAAAGAAAUGGCAAAUGGGGAACAGUUCACAGAUACCUCUGACCCUUGCCGACUAUGUGUUUGUAGAGAAGGAACAGUUUCUUGUGAUAGAAGAAGUUGCCCCAUCCUGGACUGUCCUUUUCCAGUACAGGCCCAGUGCUGCCCAGCUUGUGAAGGAUGUAAUUAUGCAGGUCAGGAAUACUUGAAUGGACAGGAGUUCACAGAUCCCCAGAACCAGUGCAAACGCUGCACCUGUAUAAAUGGAUUUGUGACAUGUAAUCCCAAACCAUGCUAUAACCCAGGAUGUACCCAUCCUAUUUCUCUUCCUGGUAAAUGUUGUCCAGUCUGUGAAGGGUGCUUUUUCAAUGGUAUCACAAUUGCAAAUGGGGAGACUUUUUCAGAUCCUUCAGAUUCCUGUUCCCUCUGUACAUGCAGGUCUGGAUCAAUUCAUUGCCUAAAGAAGCUCUGCCCACCAGCCCCUUGUUCCUACCCUGUUGUUGGGCAAUGUGAAUGUUCAUACUGCGAAGGGUGCUAUUUCCUUGGACAAAUAUAUGCUGAUGGUGAAGUUUUUCCUGGUUCUAAAGGAGGUUGUGAAGAAUGCACUUGCCUUAAAGGAGAAGUAACUUGCGGAACAAGGAAAUGCACCCAAGUUGCAUGUCCUCACCCGGCAUUAGAUACCUGCUCCUGUCCUGUAUGUGAUGGAUGUAGUUUCAAUGGCAGAAACUGUCAUAAUGGAGAGAGUUUUCCAGACCCAAAAAAUAAGUGUCAGCGUUGCUCUUGUUUGAAUGGAGGUGUAACUUGUGUAUCAGUAACUUGUCCUGCUGUGAACUGCCGUCAUCCUGUGAAGCCUCCUGGAGAAUGUUGUCCUCAGUGCACAGGAAUCUGCCAUUAUUUAGGCAACAUCUAUGAAAGUGGAGCCACUUUUGACUCUUCUUCUGAUAGCUGUUCAGUGUGCACAUGUAUGAAUGAAGUGGUGACAUGUCAGAGGAAACCAUGCCGUGAGCAGUGUACACACCCAGUCCCAUCAUCCAGCUGCUGUCCAGUCUGUGAUCGAUGCUUCCUUGAUGGAACUGAAUUUGGCAACAGGCAGACGUUCUUAUCUCCUUCAGACUCUUGUCAGCGCUGUAAUUGUCUCAAUGGAAAUGUAGUAUGCACUGGUGUGAUUUGUCCUCAAACAACAUGCACCAGUCCUCACACUAUACCCGGGCAGUGCUGUCCAGAAUGUUUAGGAUGUACCUAUUUGGGUAAACAAUAUUCUGAAGGUGUUCAUUGGAUUUCAUCGAUUAAUGAAUGUCUGGAGUGCGGCUGUGUGAGAGGAGAAGUGAAGUGUUCAGAGGUGCACUGUGAUGUAAAAUGUACAGAUCCUGUCCUUGUGCCUGGUCAGUGCUGCCCAUAUUGCCAGGAUUGUUUCUUUGAAGGAAAGGUCUAUCUUGAUGGAGAUUUAUUCCACCCAGACACCUGUCGGCAGUGCUCAUGCAAAAAAGGAAAUGUUCAUUGUGGCAGCACUCCUUGUCCUCCUUUGAACUGCAUGCACCAAGUGACCGAUCUUGGAUCCUGUUGCCCACGCUGUAAGGGAUGUGUUUACAAUUUGAGGGAAUAUCUGGAUGGCAGCAGUUGGUUUGCUUCUACAACACCUUGUAUGUCAUGCAUGUGUGUAGAAGGAGUUACUACCUGCUCUGAAAUCCACUGUGUCCUACCUUGUGUAAACCAGAUCCAUGUUCCAGGAGAGUGCUGCCCUGUAUGUGCAGAUUGUGUAUAUAACAACCACGUGUAUGGUCCACACGAGAGCUUUCAACCAGCAGACGAUCCAUGUGAGAUCUGUACUUGUGAGGUGAUGCCAGAUGGAGAACAGCACUUGCGUUGCUACCGUAAGCAGUGCCCAAGUCUGGUUGACUGUCCUAAGAGUCACAUCCAUUUCCCAUCGCCAGAUCAGUGUUGCCCUACCUGUGCACAACCUCUUAGCAACUGUACAGCUAUCCUUUUAGGAAAUGAAAUUCAUGCUACAGAUGAUCCUUGCUAUACCUGUCAAUGUAAGGACUUGACAUGGACUUGUAUUCAUCAAGGUUGUCCUCAUUUAAGCUGUCCAUCUUCUGAGCAGUUCACCCCUGCAGAUUCCUGUUGUCCCAUAUGUGAUGAGUGUUUGAUUGAAUCUGAAAAUCGUCGCGUUUCUGAUGGUGAGAGAUGGACUGACAGUGUAGAUGAAUGCAUCACUUGUACCUGUAACUUGGGUCACAUAGAGUGUCACAUUGAAGAAUGCUUGCCAGUGAUUUGUCAGGAUGGACUGGUGAAGAUGAAGUCCCCUGGGAAGUGCUGUUAUGAAUGCCAAGACCCAAAUACAUCUUGCAUAUACCAGAGCACAACGUACCAAUCUAAUGAGCACUGGGAAGUAGAUGAAUGCACAACAUGUACGUGUGUUUCAGGAGAGGUUCACUGUCAAACUGAGCGCUGUCCUCAGGUCACUUGUGCCUCAGAUGAGACGGCAGCCCUGAUUCCAGGAAUGUGCUGUCCACAUUGUAUUCCACGUCCUGCAACAUGCAUUGCUUUUGGAGAUCCUCAUUACCGAACCUUUGAUGGUAAGAUGAUCAACUUCCAAGGCACAUGCACAUAUGUUCUAGCAGAAGACUGUGAAGGUGGAGAUUUUAGUAUUCACACAACCAAUGAUGACAAAGGUCGUAAAGGAGUGUCCUGGAUAAAAGAAGUUACUGUACUGAUUGGAGAUGUAGUGGUGCAGUUGCUACAAGAUUGGAUUGUCUUGGUUGACUAUCAGACAGUAACCUUGCCAUUUCUUAAGGAGCCAUACAUAUAUGUUGAACGCAAGACAAAUACCAUACUAUUGAACACAAACAUUGGAGUGAAGGUGCUGUGGAAUGGAAAGUCCCACCUGGAAGUCAGCGUUCCCGGCACAUACAAAGGACACACAUGUGGUCUUUGUGGAAAUUUCAACAACUACCCUCAAGAUGAUAUGAGAAUUCGCACUGGGCAGAUUGUGUUAUCUGAGGCUGCUUUUGGAAAUAACUGGAAGGUUCAAGGAGAGAAUGUCACAAAUGUACAAUGUGCAGAUGGAGACGAUGUUGAUCCCUGUAAGGAAGCAGGAUACCGGGCUCGAAAGGAAGGCAAUUCAAAAUGCAAAAUUCUAAAGUCAAAGGUUUUUGAACGCUGCCACAGUGUGGUGCCCCCCGAAAUGUUCUUUGCUUCUUGUGUGUACGAUCUUUGCGCCUGUGGGUCCAAUGUCGAUGACUGCUUGUGUGAUGCCCUGGAAGCAUAUGCAUCUGAAUGUCGAGAGGCUGGAGUCAUUCUGCACUGGAGGUCACCUUCACUAUGUGCUGUUGGCUGUCCUCAGGACCGUGGUUAUGUUUUUGAUGAAUGUGGUCCACCUUGUCCUAAAACCUGCUUCAACAAAGACGUACCCCUUGGAGUCAUAGAGGCUCAUUGUUUCAAACCCUGCAUCCCAGGCUGCCAGUGUCCUGCUGGGCUUGUUGAACAUGAAUCUCACUGUAUUUUACCAGAAUCCUGCCCUAGGAUCAUCUAUGGAAAUAUAUGAGGGACCUAUUAAACUGUUUGAUAUAGGAACCUUCAUAGUAAUGGUGCUACUUCAUUUAAUGGACUUUACAGGAGAAAAAAUGUAAUUUUUCAUAUCUAUUGGACAAUAAAUUGUGUUAAUAUCUAAUAUUGAUAAUUUUGUUCCGUGAAGAAAUUAACUAACAGAAUAGCACAGUAUCACUAUAAGCAGAAAGAGCAACACUUGCUGAAGAUGUCCAUUUGGCUAGGUUUAAAAUUUUGGGGGGAUUUAAUAAUAUCUUUUAUAUGAAUCAAGGCUCUACUAUAAGUUAUCAAGUAUCAGUUAUACAUUUUAUAAUAAAAUAUGUUUUCCCUAGCUUAGUUAAUAAUGAGACUUAUACAUACCAAAAGAAUGAAUGCUGUGCAUAUAUAUUUGUGUAUUUUGAGGCAAUAUAAUUAAAUUUACUUUUUUAUUUUAUUUCACUUUCUUAUACUUCAGGUAAAAGACUCUACUGAUUACUGUAUGUCUGUCAUUUGACUACAUUCAUUGUCAUGUCUGCUGACUGCUGUUGCAGAGCAAGUUUAAAGAGGCUGUACUCACUCACCAGUUAUAUGGUAACCGAGUCAAACAUUCUUCACUUGUCUGCAUUCUUUUUUUACUUAUGAAGUUUAGUAUUUGAAAGUUGACUUUUCCUUUGUCACAAGUCAUAUACUUUUUUUUUUUUGCUAAGCCUAACAGUCUUUUUAUUUGAACACUUUAGUCCCCAACCACAGAUAGAAUAAGAAGGUCUAAGUGGGGUUGAAAAUCCAGCAUAAGGUGAUCUUCACUUUCAGAGUAUAUUUUUGAGUUUUAUUAAAUUGGACAUGCAUUAAAAGGUCUGAUGAAAAAUAAUGAAAGUGAUAAGUUAGAUUACUUCUUCCUACUCCUUGAGUCCAAAAAGAACACCAGAGACAUUGAAGCAAAAGCUUUGUGUUUAAAGUACUCAAAAAAGUCAUACUGCAUUGUAUUUUAAGUAGAAAAUUACCUGGUUCUAAAUGCAGAAAUGCUUACAAAGAUUUUCUUAUGGUUUCGAUACAAUACUAUCUAAUAUGUUAUGAAUGGAAAGCAUAUUACAUUUUCUGAAAUCCACUGUUUUCUGAUUUAGUCUGUUGUUUAGUACAUAAUACAGAGUGUGUUAAAUAUGCAUGGCAGUGUCCUGGAUGAUUUUAAUUUUUCUCAGUAUUACACAGCAAUGCUGUUUUCUAUUGUACUAUACACUGAGGAUUAUCGACUAAAUAAAACAAAACAAACCAUUAAAUAUUAACCUAGGUGCUAAGUUAAGGGACAAAUAAGGCUGUAUAUGUUAUAAGCAACAAUGCAAGUUUUGCAGUCAAUUCUAUUACAAUUUUUAUAUCAUGGAUUCAUAAAAGUAAAUAAAAACUAAUUGGAAUUUCUUGGUUUCUUAUAGCUACCAGUCUCCAUGUCUCAUAUUUCUCCCUGCUAUAACUUCCUUGCUCAUAUGUGCCCUUUUACUUUUUCUUGACCUAAAAUGUUUGAAAAAAUGGUUCAGUAUUUAAACACUCCUUUGGAGACUUUUCAGGUUGCUGUUCUCAGGAUGUAAAUUAAUAGUAGCAACAAUUAUGUUAUUAAACACAGCCAAAGCUUGUGAGAUCUUUCUUUUGUACAUUAUGUUUUCAUUUUGUUUUCUUUUUUACUGCUUUUUGCAUAUAGCUAAUAUAAUGUUUGACAAUUUCAAAUUGUUGGUGGUAAAUGACACUUCCUGUACGGAUAUCAAUUAAUAUUAUCAACUCAAUAGGAAUCAUCAAGUAAAAAACUUAUUAUAAUAAGACAACAAUAAUUGCUCUCAAUUUGCAAGAUACUGCAGAUUUGCUGUGUAUUAGGUGUUCAGAAUCACUUUGAUACUGAAAAUACACAUUACGUCUUUGAAAGCAACUUUCAUUGGAUGUUGAUUCUGAACUAUAAAUAACACUUUCAUAAUAUGAGCAUGUCUUCUCCAGUCCACUUUCAUUCCACAAGGCAAAUACCAGUAGAAAAUCCUUGUUGAAACUGACCUGAGGGUAAAAAUUGCAAUUUUGCACACUAUCCUCUAGUGUAAGUGCUUCUGAAAUGAGUUGUCUUUAAAUAAUCAGUAUUUGACAGAAGUCAGGAUCAGUAUAGAAUAGACCAAGGAAAUAAAAAAAACUUGAAAUGUAAAUGUUCUCCUGUGUUGUAAACUAUAGGGGACAUAUUAGUUAAUUCAUUUAUAAUUAGCCAUCAAAUAGUUAUUUGGGUACCAUUUCUUAAUUAACCAGAAAUGUCAGAUCACUAAAAUGUAAAGUUGCACCUGAUACUGUCAAGAGGGUCCACCCACAAUAACACUGAACAGGGUCAAAGCGGGUUUGAGAAUGUUAGUUAUGUAUUUAGUUAUGUAUACAUUUCUGCAGUAUAUAGUCACCUAAAAUGAAUUUUUAAUGAAAAAUAUAUUUUAAUAGGAUGUACAGUUUACAUGUUUUGAUUGUUAUCAUCAUUAUUAUUAGUCUCAGUAAACAUUUACUGAAAAGCCAACUAAUGGUUGUUAUGUAGGUUCUGGCACUCAUUUGUGCUCUGAAGUUUAAAUAUUCUGGCAUGUACAUGAUAUUUUUAAUAAUAUAAAGGCUUUGUACUUUAAUUAAAUAUGAUCCGAAAAUUGUUAUUGGGUCUUUUUGUGUUCCCAAAGUUUGUGGUGAAAAUGUUCAGCACUGUUCAAAAUAUUCUAUUAACAUGUAUUUCACAAAAAGCUUUUAAAAUAUCAUUUUUAUUAAUGAGUUUAAUUCAUUUUAAUAUGAUCAAUGAGAAUUCACAAAACUAGAUAAUAUAUCAAAAUCAUGUUUUUUCAUAAAAUAUAUUGUCUAUUGCAGUAAGUUGUGACAUGAAUUUAAUAUUUUAAACAGUUUACAGUGUUAUCCAUGGCACAUAAUGCUUACAAUUUAAUUUCAUUUGACUUUUUUUCUUAACUUGUUAUGUCAUACUGAUAUGCAUGUGUUGUAUUUGUUGUUUUGCUAACUUCCGAUGGUGCUUAUUUUGAAAUCAAUUUGAAAAUUCAGUAUUGCUGUAGGAUCAGACUGUGAUUUGUUUUAAAAGAUGUACAUACAGAAUCUCUGUGUAUUCUAUAGUAUUUACAUUUUUAUUUCCUUCAGUUUCUCUAUAAAUCUGUUGUUAAGA